AUGACCAAAGAUCAACCGGAAAUAGCAAACUCUCCAAGUACGGGGUUCAGCUCUGCUAUAAGACACUGGUUUUCGUGGAAUAUUGAGGCUUCUGAAUGGGACAUAUUUUGGGCCUCCACUGCACUCAAGCUUCUCCUCUUCCCGUCCUACCGCUCGACCGACUUCGAGGUGCACAGAAAUUGGCUUGCUAUUACUCAUACGCUUCCUAUAUCAAAAUGGUAUUUCGAUACUACGUCUGAAUGGACACUUGACUACCCUCCGUUCUUCGCCUAUUUUGAGAAAUUCCUGUCAAUAUUCGCCCUACUCGUUGACCCCAAGAUUGUCGACCUGAACAAUCUGAACUACGACAGCUGGACCGUUGUCGCAUAUCAGCGAGCAACAGUCAUCCUGACAGAACUUGUACUUGGGACCGCGGUUCUCGGAUUUAUACGGGGCUCAGUGGAACCGCCAGUUCAAAGAAUUAUAUCGGCUGCCCUGUUCCUCCACCCUGGGUUUCUGAUCGUUGACCACAUUCACUUUCAGUACAAUGGAUUCAUGUUCGGCAUCCUGCUAUGGUCGAUCCUUAUGGCUCGUAACGGAAAUAAACUUGUCAGCGGUAUCCUCUUCGCGGUUCUCUUGAACUUCAAGCACAUAUAUAUAUAUUUAGCGCCGGCAUAUUUUAUCUAUUUACUGCGCUCCUUCUGCCUAUCACCAGCAGGUCGAAUCCAAACCAAGAAUUUUCUCUCGUUGGCGAACGCUGUGAUAGCAGUUUUUGUUGUUUCCUUAGGGCCAUUUGUCUUGAUGGGUCAAAUACCUCAAUUGCUCUCCCGACUCUUUCCAUUCACUCGCGGCCUCAACCACGCAUAUUGGGCCCCGAAUUUUUGGGCACUGUUGACCACUGUAGACAGGGUCCUCUUGCGAUAUAUCAAGCAAACUGGAGCAGACAUUCCGAUCAACAAGUUUGGGGUGUCCUCCACCUCCCGUGGGCUCGUUGGCGAUACUGUUUUUUCCGUAUUACCCGACCUCAAACCCAUUCAUGCCCUGGUCAUUACCGUGGCCUGGCAAUCGAUUUGUUUGAUUAAACUAUGGAGAAAUCCCACAUACAAAUCGUUUGUAACAGCUCUAACACUCUGCGGCUGGAGCUCCUUUUUGUUUGGAUGGCAUGUGCAUGAAAAGGCAGUGCUACUCGUCCUGAUACCCCUCAGUCUGUUGGCUGCGGAGAGGCAGGCUUAUUUCCGGACUUUCGUCAUCGCUAGCGUUGCUGGAAUAUUUUCACUCUUCCCCCUUCUCUUCACCCCAACCGAAUCAAUUAUCGAAGUAGCGUAUUCGACGCUGUGGAUAGCAUUUGUAUAUGCACCUCUGAGCCGCCGAGUUUACGAGUACCCCAAGUCAAUAGCCUACGUGAUCAUGGAUGUUUUGGAGAAGGUAUACCUAGCUGGAUUCCCGUUUUUACUCUUGUUUGUGACGCUCUUUCCUGGAUGGGCUUCACGACGUCGACAAGAUAACGGCGAGCCAGACGCCGGAUACUCGAAAUUGGAGUUUUUACCUCUAAUGGCAACGAGUGUUUAUUGUUCCAUAGGGCUCAUCUGGGGGUUCUGCAGAUUGAUAUUUAUCUACCACUACGAGGAAACAACGUAUCAAGGACAGUUAAACGAGAUUCGGUAG